CCCAUACUCAUACAAGAUGAGAGUUAUCUCAAUAUAAAACCAAAAUAAGUUAUUUUCCAAAGAAAAAGACAAAACAAAAGAAUGGCUUCAUCAUCACCAGCAGCAGAAACAUGGCUCUUAGAAAAUGGAAAUAUUAAGCCUUUAAGCAAAGAGAUGAGACAUGGGCAUGGUCGUAGCCAUGGACGAACGGCUCACAACGUAUCGUCUUCGUCUCUUAGGAAAAAGUCUGAUCUAACCCUUGUAAGGAAAGUACCUUGUGCCAUUGUUAGAGAUGUUCUUGCUAAUAUUCAAGAGGUCAUUUUGGGAACUAAGCUUUUUGUGCUCUUCAUUGCCAUACCUAUUGCCAUUAUUGCUCAUUACAAAAACUUUGGAAGAUCAUGGGUUUUUGGAUUGAGUUUACUUGGACUUACUCCAUUGGCUGAACGUGUCAGCUUUUUGACAGAGCAAAUAGCUUUUUUUACUGGUCCAACAGUUGGAGGGCUUCUAAAUGCAACAUGUGGAAAUGCCACUGAACUUAUAAUAGCAAUAUUUGCUUUAAUCGAACAUAAAGUGGAUGUUGUAAAAUAUUCACUCUUGGGAUCUAUUCUUUCGAAUCUUCUUUUGGUUCUUGGCACUUCACUCUUUUGUGGUGGUAUUGCAAAUAUAUCAAAGGAACAAAAAUAUGAUAGGAAACAAGCAGAUGUGAACUCUCUACUUUUAUUAUUGGGAUUAUUAUGUCACGUGUUGCCUUUGAUGUUUCGUUAUGCUGGAGUUGGAGAAUCAGCAGCAAUAACAGCACAAGCAACAUUGAAUCUAUCAAGAGUUAGCUGCAUUGUUAUGCUUCUUGCUAAGUUUGGUUAUCUUGUGUUCCAAUUGUGGACUCACCGACAACUUUUCGACGCACAAGAAGAAAAUGAAGGUGAUGAUAUCGAAGAUGAAGAAGCAGUGCUUAGUUUUUGGAGUGCAUUUGCAUGGUUGGUUGGAAUGACUAUUCUUAUUGCUCUAUUAUCUGAAUAUGUUGUUGGUACCAUUGAGGCAGCAUCAAAUUCUUGGGGAAUUUCAGUGAGUUUCAUCAGUGUUAUUUUAUUACCAAUUGUUGGAAAUGCUGCUGAACAUGCUGGGGCUAUAAUUUUUGCUUUCAAGAACAAGUUGGACAUUUCUUUGGGAGUUGCCUUAGGUUCAGCAACACAAAUUGCCAUGUUUGUGGUUCCCUUGUGUGUGAUUGUAUCAUGGAUUAUUGGUGUGAGAAUGGAUCUUGAUUUUAGUCUUCUUGAGACAGGCUCCCUUGCUUUAGCAAUAAUUGUCACAGCUUUCACUCUACAGGAUGGAACAUCUCACUAUAUUAAAGGAUUAGUCCUCUUGCUUUGUUACAUUGUCAUUGGUGCAUGUUUUUUCGUAUCCAACAUACCACAAAAACAACCAAAUGGUGUCAAUUUGGGCUCAUCAAGUGAAGGAAUCAUGAGAGUUUGAUGAUCAUCCUAAUCAAAAAAUGGAUGCAUAUUUUAUUCUUUGAUUGGGAAUAUAAUUGGGUUUAAUUGAAUCAUAUCAUUAUAAGAGUUGAAUGUAUUAUUUCAAUUUUGUGUGUUACUAAAUGGUAUGAUUGAAUUAUGAUCAUAUAUAAGUCAAUGAUGUUUAUAUAUGUGUUUAUUCCAUAGUUGCUGAGAGUUCCUUGUAAUAGCAACUGGUUGUAAGAGUUUUACUUUUAUUUACAGUUUUUUUCAAAAGAAUAAAUGAAUAUUUCCAUUAAUGUAUGUA